AUAUUGAAGGUCAAAAAUUAGUAUAGUGAAUUGAAAGUAGACCAUUAGGCUAUGGCGCAAGAGUAAUCAUUAAAUAGCAGAGAUGCAUCAGCAGUAUUCUGAUGAAGAAUGGAACCCAGAUGAACAACAGAAACAACAACCAGGUGGGGAUGUGGGGGUGAAGGCUCAGAGCCAAGGUGUACAGCAUAGCCAAGAAGUCAAGGACAAGAAAAUGACCUUGGAGGAAAUCAAACAGAGUGGGCGGGCGGAACGACAGCGAAGGAGAGAGGAGAGAAGACGACAACAGUCUGACUCGGAUUCAGAGUCGGAGUAUCUGGUCGGCAAACUGGCAGAAAUCGCUCUAACAGUUAAGGAACCAGACCUUAUUGAGGGAACGGGGCUGAUUUAUGAUGAGCGGAUGUUAAAGCACGAGAAUCUCUGGGACAAGGAUUACCCCGAGAAUCCUUCACGCAUCAGUGGGCCUUUCCAGCGAUGUUCUGAGCUUGGUCUUACAGAGAGAUGUAUUCGGCUAGAGGCCCAGCAUUCUACAGAGGACAUGGUAUUGUUACAACAUUCACAGGAACUGAUAGAGAAACUCAAACGGACCACGGAAAUGAGCACCGAGGAACUUAAAGCCGAGGCCAUCAAAUACGACUCUGUUUACUUCAACCAGGCUACGUAUGAGUGUUCCUUGUUGUCACUUGGGAGUGCAGUAGAAUUAAUGGAACAGAUUCUAAAGAAGAAGGUGAGAAAUGGAAUGGCUUUAAUAAGACCCCCAGGACACCACGCAAUGUCGGAGGAAUUUUGUGGAUUCUGUUACUUCAAUAAUGUUGCUAUUGCUGCAAAACAUGCCCUGGAAAAUCUCAAACUGAAAAAGAUUUUAAUCAUAGACUGGGAUGUUCAUCAUGGCCAGGGCACCCAGCAGAUGUUUUACAAUGAUCCGCGAGUGCUGUACUUUUCUAUACAUCGGUACGAGUUUGGGAAGUUUUGGCCCCACCUGAGAGAGAGUGACUAUGACUUUAUAGGAGAAGACAAAGGGAUGGGGUAUAACAUCAAUGUCCCUCUUAAUCAGACGGGGAUGGCUGAUCAUGACUACCUGGCUAUAUUUCAUCAGGUUUUAAUGCCAAUUGCAUUUGAGUUUGAUCCAGAAUUAGUUUUGAUUUCUGCUGGAUAUGAUUGCGCAAUAGGUUGUCCCGAGGGAGAAAUGGGGGUAACUCCUGCAGCCUUUGCUCACCUCACUCACAAGGUCAUGUCCUUGGCUCAGGGUCGUGUGGCAGUCAUAUUGGAGGGUGGAUACUGCUUGAAGUCUCUCUCUGAAUCAGCAGCCUUGACCUUGAGAACAUUACUUGGUGACCCUUGUCCCAGAAUUCCUCCAUCUCAGGAACCAUGUGACAGUGUCACAGAGUCCAUUCUGAAUGUGAUUAAGGUCCUUCGGCCUUACUGGAAGUGUCUGCAGUAUCAGGAAUUCACCUCUGACCCUUGCCCUUUUGAAGAGGUCAACCUGUCUCCUCCCAAGCCUGAUAUCAUUCUUAUUACUGAGGAAAACAAACCAAAGGAAUACCCAGAAAGUCUGGAGCCCACAAAAGUGGAGGAGUAUUACAAAGUGGAGAAAAGACUGUCACCUGUUAUAGACAGAAUAAUAGCUAACACAGACCUCAGUAAAGCUAAGAACAG